CAAAUAUUUGGUAAUUUUCACCCGCAAGCGUCGUCGUGUAAACAGGGCGUCAAAUUAGCAUUUGUAAGGUAAUUGUGUCUUGUUAACUUAGGAAGGUUUCUUCAGAACAGUAUUAACAUAACAGUGGUUUAAAAAUUAUAAGGGUUUGCUUUUUGAUCUCAAUGAAGUGUGUUAUUAGGUUUGGAGUUGCUCAGAGAAGAUUUGACUGAUUUGCCCUAAUGAAGACUGUGAUUUCAUUAAAAUGCCUUGAAAUUCUCACACAAUAUCUCACACAAAAAUAUGUACAUGCCCGAUUGUGGGUCCCGGUCCGGACGCAAUCCAUACCUGUGAUUAAACGUUGAUCAUUUGAUAAUAACAACUUGGGCAUCUCAUAACACAUAUGCUGAUGAAACAGCGCCACUUGGCGGCUCAGUAAGAGAAUGUCGUCCGGACUAUAACCCCCCGCCCCCUCCCACCACAAGACGGAAGAAAACAAUACCCACACCAUCUCGAUUGUUAAGACAAACCGAUCGAAAGCUUUUAUUGAAAAUUAUUCUUUUAUUACUUCGCUAUUCGCAUUAUGAACCACACGUAUAGGUCGGAUCUAGUAUGAACUACGAAGUGUUUAACGAAAGCGCAAAGACGAUCUCACACACACACACACACACACAAAAGAUCGCGACGAAAUCUCCAAGCUGCAGGCGUAGGAGCACCAUAUUGUGCAAGAUAGCUUUCAGAGUCUGACCUCAAACCGAAGCUGGUUUAAUUUACAACAUGAGUGACAUCGGGGACGUGGAAAGUGCCCCGGGGACGUCUGGAUGUGGCAGCCGGACCGGACUGGGGUUCGCCCUGGGGAGGGGGCAUCCAGGACGCCUCACGGGGCUCUCCUCCCCCGUACCACCAGGAAGACUGACAUCUCUGAAAUCCAGAGACCUCACUUUGGGCGGACUAAAAAAGCCAAAGAAAAUCUUCGAGCCAAACGUAAAAGCUGUUAGGAAAAGUAAAGACGACAGGCUACAAGACGAAAGUAAGGAGGUGCCGAAGAAGGAGAGAAGGAAACGAGAUGAGAAGCAAAGAGAGAGCCGAGGGAGGAGGAGAGAGAGACCCCAGACCAUCCAGUCUCACUCCAUCUUUGAACAAGGACCCGCCGACACCAUGCGCAAAAUAGCGUGGCGGGGGACCCCAGAUCUUGGCGAGGCCGCAGCGUCACCUUUGGGGAAGGCGGUGAAGAAGGAGAGAAGGGAGUCGGAGCCGGAUGAAGAUGAGAUGCUGUUUAAACUGCAGCGUGACGACUUCAUAGACGACCCUGACCUGAGGAACGAUGCGCGACUGAGGCCCGUCCAGCUGCCUCUUUACCAGACUCAUACCAACUUCCAGAAGACAGAGACGCCUAUGGUCACUAGCACAACGUUUAAAAAGGACACAUCCAUGGGUGAGUCUCCAGUCUUGGGGACGGGUGCUGGCUGUGACCCCUCCAGGAGAGGGUCCCAGAUGCGGGCAGCAGAGCUACCCGGGCAUGCGGCCCCGACCCUGGGGAAACUCUUCCAUGAGCUCAGCCUGAGCGGGAAAGAGGAGCUCUUCUUCAUCCAGCUGCCGGACUGCAUGCCCGGCCCGCCCUCAGCGUCGCAGGGGGAGGCGGACCCCGCCGGCCACGCCACGGCCCCCGAGAAGACCCCCAGCAGAAGGGCAGCCCAGCCCCCGCCACCGAAGGUGCCGCUGAGGGAAAGGCAAGCGGUUCUGUCAGACUUCUCAGAGGGCAUGCUGGGUAAACUGCUGGUCAGACGCUCUGGUCGCGUCCAGCUGAAACUGGGAGACAACAUCAUGGAUGUGUCUGAGGGUGCAGCCUUCUCAUUCCUCCAGCAACUGGUGUCCGUGCGUUUGUCUGGCGGUAGAACGGGGGACAUGGCGGUGCUUGGGAACGUAGAGAGGAAACUGGUGUUCUCUCCGGACUUCCAGACUCUCCUGCAGGAGGCCCCGGCAAACCCGACAUCGGGGCAGAGAUGAUGAGCUCCUCUCUGUUAACGAAUGGACUUCACCGUCUGACGGAGACACGCGACUGCCCAAACUAUCAGAGAUGACCAGCCUCGUCCUUCCAUCUCUGAAACAAAACAAAAGAUCUUAAAAGCAUUGCUGAAGAUCACGUUUGGCGUCCAGAAGGAAAACAGACGCGUCCUGUAAUGCAGUAGGAUGUGUUUGGGGUUACAUGGAGAAAUCUGCCGUUUGUCAAUAAUCUCCAGUGGAGAGCAGGAACAGUUUAUACUGGUGGAAUUGCCAGCUUCCUAGAGAAGGAGGGCAGCGAGUAGGACCUCCGUUUAUUCAGGUGGAAUUGACAGAGCUUACUAGGAACAUGGCCUUGAGAUUGACACUCACCAGCAAUGUAGGUAGAACUGAUGCAUUUUAGAUCUUCUGACAACAUGGAGUCAAGCUUUAAUGGGAUGAAUGUAAUUUAAUACAAGAGGAAAGCCCAUACUCACUUGAUGCACUGAUGAAGAUAAUGUAUGUUUAAUGUUACAUUUAGAUUCUCGUUCUUUGUAGUCCUCUGGCCUUUUUAUCCUUGGAUUGAUGACCAUUUUCAAAACGUAGCUAGCAGGUUCAGAAAAUAAGUUCAGUUAAAAUGGUCGAACUCAUUGUUUAUUUUGUCCAGGUGCACCAGUGUUCUCCGACCAUAACGCAAUUUCAACUGUUACUGAACAAGAAGUGGUCGUGAUCUCCUUCUGACUGGCUCAUCACCGUUUUUAAGAUGGGUGACUGAAUAAUAGCAUAUAUUUUGUAUUAAGAUUAAAGUCAAAACAGGGUAUGUUUUGGAACUGUUUACUUAAAGUUAUGCCGCUAGAUACUUUUACACAGUGGCCCUUAAACCGCAAUAUACUGAGCAGACACCUUCAAUCAGCAAGUUCUCAGUUUGGGAUAUUACCUUUGAUAUAAAAAAUGGAAUUGAAAAGGAAUUUUUUUGUAUUACAAGACCAACGGUUAAUAAAAAAAACAGCACUUUCUUCAAGCAAGUCAACUGAAUAUUUCCACAAUGUCAAACGACUUCCCUUUGUAUAACGUAUAUGUUCGUCCUUAUCACUCUUCUACAUCCCAGUCAUUUUGUGAAAAAACAACAUUUGUCAGUUUAUUUGGUAACAUUUAACAAUGUAAUAAAACCAGAUUUCUGCAAGAAG